AUGGCGGACAACAACGAAUUACGAAUUAAAGCCAUUCUCCUGCGAAAAAUUCAAAAUUCUGCAAACAGGAGGAGAAUGUUGCGAAAUGCAUUGAUCUAUUUAACUACAAAGAGAAGACAACUGAUAAAUGUAUGUAUACUCAGUCUUCUUUUGGUAACGUCGCGUGGAAUUGCCGUGACAAACAAGUACAAGCGUUCUUGCCGUCGACUGGAAAGAAACAACGGCUGGUUUAACCUGGUCUGGUCAACCUAUUCAGAGCAACGCUUCAAGAAAACCUUUCGGGUGUCACGUGAAACAUUUAGCUUUAUUCUAGCUCGAAUCAGGCAUGCCCUGGAGAGGGAUACCGUCAACGAGGAACCAAUAUCACCGGAGUGUCGAUUGGCGAUCGGCCUUUACCGUCUCGCCAGGGGAGACUACUACUAUACAAUUGCGGAAAUGACGGGCUUGGGAGUGUCUUCAGUUUGUACAAUAUGCAGUGAGGUAACGAGAGCAAUCGUUGAAAACAUGUGGGAGGAUUGUGUAAAU